GGCCAGCGAGUCAUCCUUAAAGGUCGCUGUCGCUGCCUGUAUCGUCACGGCCAUAUUAGGCACCCGUGUGCGGGAGGAAUGAGGACGUUCUGCGACAAAUGAGGCUCUCCUGAGGCUUGGCGAGGGCUGCUGGGAUCUUCUCGGCUGCGCUACGAGGCUGCCCCCCCCGGUCGGUCGGCGGAUCGCGCGCGCGACAACCCGCGAAGCAUGGCAUGGCACUGCAACGGCACCACGAACCAAGAGAUGGUGGCGAAGCUGAAAGAUGCUGGUAUACUGGCAACGGACAGGGCAGAAGCCGCCAUGCUCGCCGUUGACAGAGCCAAGUACUGCCACGAGCCGGACCCCUAUCUCGACCGUCCCCGAAGAAUCGGUUACAACGUGACCAUCAGCGCGCCGCAUAUGCACGCGUACGCGCUGUCGAUCCUCUCCGAUCAGCUGUUCGACGGCGCCAAGGCACUCGACGUCGGCUCAGGCUCGGGCUACCUGUCCACUUGCAUGGCGUUUAUGGUAGGCUCGCGCGGGCGCGUAACGGGCAUCGAGCAUAUCCCCGAGCUCAUAGAGAUCUCGGCUAGGAACGUGCGCGAGGACAAUCCGCACUUCCUCAAGGAGGACCGCAUCAAAUUCGUGGUGGGAGACGGCAGAUUGGGACACGCUGCUGACGGCCCUUACAACGCUAUACACGUUGGAGCAGCGGCCGAGGCUUUACCGCAGACGUUGAUAGACCAACUGGCUCCCGGAGGUCGACUGAUCUGCCCGGUCGUGGCCAUAGAAGGUUUCCAAAGGUUCCAAGACCUGCUGCAGGUGGACAAGAGCACGGACGGCGCGGUCACGAAGAAGAAACUGAUGCAGGUCUCUUACGUUCCUCUCACGGAUCCUACCACUCAAUUACGUAAUUAGGGCCAUUAAGGUGAGGUGUCACGGCGGAAAGAAAGCCGAAAGACUUCUCGGGCGGACAGAUCGAAACGGUCGCGUUUUACGAAGUCUGUUGACUUAUAACGGUAAUCGAAAUUCUCGUAUCCACCGACUAAUUUUUUUCUCACGCAUGCAUAGAUAUGGAGUACACGUCGUCUUCGAUUGGGGAUAUAUCAAUAAACUAUAUAUAUUUUGUA